AACGCUCAGAUGUAGUUGCUUCCAUCUUGGCACAUUGAGGUGGAUGUUUGCGCCUGAACUGAACUAAAAAACCCAUAGAGUUUGUACUGUCUUUGGCUAAACUGUGUUGCUGUCUGUCUGUAAUUCAACACAAUAUUUUGCUAAAGUCUAACGAAAACCAUGAACAACCUAAUUCGGUCAACUGUUCGCUGUUUUCGGCUCAGUUCGUCGGUUUAUCUACCGAGGCAAGUUGAUGGACAAAAUGUGUCGUGGCCAACAUUGAAGUCUUCGGCCCGGCUCAUGUGUUCGGCGCCCUUACAGAAAGAUCUUGGCGAUAUGGUGAAAAAAGACAAGGUGGUGGUGUUUAUGAAAGGGACGCCUGCCCAGCCGAUGUGUGGCUUCAGUAAUGCCGUGGUUCAGAUCUUGAGGAUGCAUGGUGUGAAUGAGUAUGCUGCAUAUAACGUGUUGGAUGACCAGGAUCUCAGACAAGGAGUGAAGGACUUCUCCAACUGGCCCACAAUCCCACAGAUCUUCUUAAAUGGCGAGUUUGUGGGUGGCUGUGACAUCUUCCUACAGAUGCACCAGAACGGAGACCUGGUAGAGGAGCUCCAGAAGCUGGGGAUCCGCUCUACACUGGUGGACGCCGAAAAGGAAUCCAAGUAGACAAACCCGUCGAUCGAUGUCCAGUCCAGAGAAAGCUAGAGGUUGACUGUAUUGCCCAGUCUCUAGUUUACUUUUAGGCCCGUUAACCCUGCACUUGUGUAGAUCUGAGACAAUUGGAUUAGAUCUACUUGUAAGCCAUAUAGGGGACGCUCCACCUUGUAAGCCACAUUGUGAAAGUUCUCCAAAGACAUUGGCAAGGUAGAGCUACUCGAAUGUUGUUACAUACAUUUUAGUCAUUUAGCAGACACUCUUAUCCACAGCGAAUUACAGGAGCAUUUAUAGUGAAGAGCCUUGCUCAAGGGCACAGACAGAUUUUUCACCAAGUUGAAUCGGGGAUUCAAACAAGCAACCUUUCGGUUACUGGCCCAACGCUCUUAAACACUAAGCUACAUGUCCAGUCAUUUCAGAUCUACACAAGAGCCUAGGGGGAUAGGGGCUAAGGGUUGAUUUGGGAUUGGGCAUUUGAAGUGGUGGCUGAGCCCCAGUGUCCCUUCCACAAGCCCUAUAAGAAGGUGUGUACUGUAGAACCUGCUGAAGACCAAACUGCCCUCAGGUGACUAGGAUAUGAGAUGUCAAACCAACACCCAUAUGAUACCUCCAAAACCCACUGCCUGUACAGUGCCUUCAGAAAAUAUCCACACCCCUCGUUUUUUCUACAUUUAGUUGUUACCGACUGAAUUACACACAAUACCCCAUUUUAUUUUUAUUUUACUAGGCAAGUCAGUUAAGAACAAAUUCUUAUUUUCAAUGACGGCCUAGGAACAGUGGGUUAACUGCCUGUUCAGGGGCAGAACGACAGAUUUGUACCUUGUCAGCUCGGGGAUUUGAACUUGCAACUUUUCGGUUACUAGUCCAACGCUCUAACCACUAGGCUACCCUGCCUGUCAAAGUGGAAUUAUGUUUUUAGACAUUUUUACAAAAUAAUUAAAUGAAAAGCUGAAAUGUCUUGAGUCAAUAAGUAUCCAACCCCUUCACGGUAAGCCUAAAUACAUUCAGGAGUAAAACAUUUCUUCGGUUGCAUUGACUCACUGUGUGUAAUAAGUGUUUAACAUGAUCUUUGAAUGACGACCUCAUCUCUGUACUUCUAACACACAAUUAUCUGUAAGGUCCGUCAGUCGAGCAGUGAAUUUCAAACACAGAUUCAACCACAAUGGCCAGGGAGGUUUUCCAAUGCCUUGUAAAGAAUGGUACCUAUGAUGGGUAAAACAAAAUGUUAACACAGACAUUGAAUAUUUCUUUGAGCAUGGUGAAGUUAUUAAUUACACGUUGGAUGGUAUAUCAAUACUCCCAGUCAUUACAAAGAUACAGGGUCCUUCCUAACUCAGCUACUGAGGAUGGAUCAACAACAUUGUCAUUACUCUACAAUGCUAGCCUAAAUGCCAUGGUGAAAAGGAAGCCUGUACAGAAUACAAAUAUUCCAAAACAUGCAUCCUGUUUGCAAUAAGGCACUAAAGUACAACUUCAAUAACUGGUCAGGAAAUAUCCUGAAUACAAAAUGUUAUGUUUCGGGCAAGCACAACAAAUCACAGUACCACUCUUCAUAUUUUCAAGCAUGGUGGUCUCUGCAUCAUGUUAUGGAUAUGCUUGUCAUCGUCAAGGACGAGGGAGUUUUAAGGUAAAAAAAUAAACAGAGUAGAGCUCAACACAUGCAAAAUUCGAGAGUAAAAUCUGGUUUAGUCUGCUUUCCAACAGACACUGGGAGGCAAAUUCAUCUUUCAGCAGGACAGUACCAUAAAACACGAGGCCAAAUAUACACUGGAUUCGCUUACCAAGACCACAUUGAAUGUUCCUGUGUGGCCUAUUUACAGUUUUGACUUAAAUAGGCUUGAAAAUCUAUGGCAAGACUUGAACAUGGCUGUCUAGUAAUGAUCAACAACCAACUUGACAGAGCUGGAAGAAUUUUAAAAAGAUGAAUGUGCACUUAUUGACCAAUCCAGGUGAGCAAUGAUGAUACUAAGAUGUAUUGACUCUGGUGUGAAUACUUGUGUAAAUGAGAUUUCUGUAUUUCAUAUUCAAUACAUUUUCUAAAAACAUGUUUUCACUUUGUCGUUAUGGGGUAUUGUGUGUAGAUGGUUAAAGGGCAAAAAACAAAUCCAUUUUGAAUUCGGGCUGUACAAAAUUUGGAAUAAGUCGAGAGGUAUGAAUACUUUCUGAAGGCACUGUAUAUAUUAAGUUUUCAAAUGUAUCUCACGCUUAUUUUCACUGAAGCAUUUGUAGGUCCGCUCAAACGCAAUAAUCCACUUCCACUUUUCUUUCUUCCUCAAGAUGUUCACUUACCGGUAUUUAAUUAGAGAAGGGGAAAGUAAUGUGAUGGGUACCUUGCUUUUUGUCUUGUCUAAUUUGUCAACUCAGUAGUCAUGUCAAGGAAGGAAGUACGGGAGGUUACACUUUUUAACGUAUUCAAAACAGGGCCCUACUUCAUGACAAUCAAUACAUUUUCACCUGCUGCUUACAUACAUGUAUUAUCUAAUGCUCAUGUAGUACACUGUAUAUUUAAUAUAUUUUACAUUUAAAGGAUAUGUAUUUGAUCAAUUAAAUAUUUUACAACACAAA